ACAACUCGAAGGUGAAGUACCGUGGGCUACGCAUUUUGUGUUUGUCUGGGGAGGUGCGUGGAUUGGGGCGGAUAGGAUGUCAUUGACUCGUGUGACAGGUUAGGGUGAAACGUGGCUCCAAUGAGUCUUUCAGGUAUUUGGGCUGCCAUGGCUUUUGCACGGUGAUGGGCGUCUUGAAGCACGUGCUCAGUGUAUGGUAGCCAUUACAGAUCUUGAUAUUGGUGGUAGUGAAUAUCUUAUUUGCCCCAGCCUGCAAUAUUUCUUGGCUUCAACAUGAGGACCAGAAGCAACUCAGGUGUGCGUCUGGACUACUACAAGGAUAUGCUGUUCAGUACAGUGCUUUGUAAUCAACAUCCUGUCACUGGAUUGUUGCCUGCAAGCAAGGGCAGUCAACACUCCUGGGUGAGAGACAAUGUUUACUGUGCAGUGAGCCUGUGGGCAUUGUCCAUGGCUUACAAGAAGCACUCAGAUCUUGAUGAAGAGCGCUCAAAGACAUAUGAAAUGGAGCAGAGAGUUGUGAAAAUCAUGAGGGGCCUGUUGCUCUCCAUGAUGUACCAGAAGGACAAAGUUGAGCUUUUCAAGAAGUCUCAGUCAACCAAGGAUGCUCUGCACGCCAAGUACAAUACCAACACAGGCCAAACCUGCAUUGGUGAUGAUGAAUGGGGUCACCUUCAGAUUGAUGCCACCUCCCUGUACCUGCUGAUAUUGGCACAGAUGACUGCUUCAGGGCUGCAGCUAAUUUACAGUCUUGAUGAGGUGGCGUUUGUUCAAAAUCUGGUGUUCUACAUUGAGUCAGCGUACUUCACCCCAGAUUAUGGCAUCUGGGAAAGAGGUGACAAGACCAAUCAUGGCCUUCCUGAGCUCAAUGCCAGCUCCAUUGGCAUGGCAAAGGCUGCAAUGGAGGCCAUGAAUGAUCUGGACCUCUUUGGGGCUCAUGGUGGCCCAGCCUCAGUGAUCCACAUCCUGCCAGAUGAGGUGCAAAAGUGCCAGGCAGUGCUGGAGUCUAUGCUGCCACGGGAGAGCAUCUCCAAAGAGCUGGACAGUGGCCUGCUCUCCAUCACCAGCUUCCCUGCCUUUGCUGUUGGCGACGUGGACAUCAUCGACAGGACGCGGGAGGCUGUGUUGUCGAAGCUCCUGGGCAAGUAUGGCUGCAAGCGCUUUCUACGCGAUGGCUAUAUGACCUGCAAGGAGGACCGCAACCGGCUGUACUACGAACCGUGGGAGUUGCGCAUGUUUGAGAACAUUGAGUGUGAGUGGCCGCUCUUCUUCUGCUUCCUGGCCAUAGACCGCUGCUAUGCAGGCGACCUGGCUGCCAUGGACGAGAACCUGCAGAAGCUGGAGGCGGUGAUGGUGCGGACGGAGGACGGCCAGAAGCUGGCGCCUGAGAUGUACCAGAUCCCGGCGGCGAGCCUGGAGGCCGAGCUGGCGGCGCCGGGCAGCCAGGCGCGCGUGCCCGUCGGCCGGGCGCCCUUCUUCUGGGCGCAGAGCCUCUACGUGAUCGGCAAGCUGCUGCAGGAGGGCUGCGUGCAGCCGGCGGAGCUGGACCCGCUGAACCGGCGGCUCGGCUCCGAGAAGAAGCCCGACGUGGUUGUCCAGGUGGCGAUCCUGGCCGAAAACAAGCUCGUGCAGCAGAUCAUGGCCGAGAAGCACGACUUCCACACGCAGACGGUCGACGAGGUGUACCCGAUCGAAGUGCAGCCGGCGCGCGUGCUCGGCAAGCUGUUCACGCACCUCGGCAUGAACAAGAAGUUGGCCCUGUCCGGGAGGGCCACGCUGGACGUCGGCAGCCUGGGCACCAGUAUUCUGUACAGCCUGCAGGGCCAGGUGUUCGCGUUCACGCCGCAGUUCCUCGACAUGGACCGCUUCUUCUUCGCCUCGGACGCGCAGCUGGUGAUCGAUAUACUGAUGAACGAGAUCAACUUCCUGCAGUCGUCGUGGACCAACAUGAUGGGGCGGCCCUUGGUCACCAUCGUCUUCCACGAGGACCUGCUGGAGGACGGCCGCGUGCCGGCGCCCUACGUGCAGACCUUCCGCAAGAUCAAGACCGGCUACCUCAACGGCACGCGCGUGGCGCUGGGCCCCAUCAAGGACUUCGUCAACACGUCUUGCCUGUCCAGCCUCGAGUUCCUCAACGACCAUGAGGCGGGCCGCUCGGACAGCCUGAAGCCGGAGGUGCGCCAGUAUCUGGACCACCACCUGCGCAAGGCGCUGGCGCUGCGCCGCUCUACGCUCGACUCGCUGCGGCCGGGCCUGCGCCCCUCUGGCGCCGCCGCCGCCGCGCCGGCGCGGCGCCAGUCGGUACGCGGCGCCAUCCGCCGCACACGCAGCAUCUUCGGCGACGAGCCGCUGGUGGCGGCGCGCGCCUCCGUCCAAGACUCGGCCUUCUGCCUGACGCGGCGCCGUUCGGUGCGGCGCACCUCCGGCGAGGAGGAGGCGCCGCUGGGCCCGGUGCCCGAGGACGCACCGGCGCCCCGCACGCGCGUCAACAGCGACGAGACGCGAGACCCGCUGGAUAGCUUCCACGGCGUGCGCACGGAGUCGGACGUGCACUACGACGCCGUCAGCAGCGAGGAGCUGCUGGCGCUGCUGCGCGACACGACCGACCUGGAGGAGCGCGGCGACAUCCUGCAUUACCUGGCCGUCGCCAACGGGCUGGGCUUCGCGCUGGAGCUGGACGGCCGACGCCUGACCGUGCGCGAGCUGUACGACGACCUGUACGAGAAGGCGUGCCGCCAGAAGCACUGGGCGAUCGUGCGCCACACGGCCGGUAUGCUCGGCAAGCGCAUCACCGACCUGGCCGAGGCGGUGACGGCCAUGCUGGUGCGCCAGAAGCAGCUGACCGUGGGCGCUCCCCCGGACGAGGUGGCCAUUGUGGUGCCGCUGCCGGCCGGCGAGCUGCGUCACCUCAUCCACCGCGCGCACGGCAAGGACGAGACGACGGCGAUGCUGACGCAGGAGCUGCUGCUGUACAUGAGCAUGCUGAUCCGCACCGAGCCGCAGCUGUUCUCCGAGAUGCUUCGUCUGCGCGUCAGCCUGGUUAUCCAGGUGAUGGCCGGCGAGCUGCAGCGGCUGCUGCAUUGCUCCCCCGACGAGGCCACCGAGGCGCUCGUCAACCUGUGCCCGUACGACAUGAAGAACCUGCUCUACCAUAUCAUCUCCGGCAAGGACUUCAGCAUGGGCGCCGGUCCGGCCGGCCGCUUCGUCGUCGUGUCGCGCCACUCGGCCAAGGUUAGCAAGAAGUCGGAGAUCCACGGCCUGCGCAGUGCCGUCACCGCUGACGCUCUGCUCGCCGCGGAGCCGGAGCCGACGGACGAGUCGGACGAGGAGCGCUCCGGCCAGUGGCUGCGACGGCGCCGGCUGGACGGCGCCCUCAAUCGCGUGCCCCUCGGCUUCUACCCGCGCGUCUACGCCUACCUGGACGGCACGCCGGGCGUGUACGUGGCGCAGCGCCUGAUCCCGCACUCGCUCACGCAGGAGAUGACAGCCGGCGAGACCAAGUUCGCGCUGCAGGUGGAGGCGGUGCUGACGCAGAUCCUCGAGCCCGAGUACCGCCAGCUGAUGGUGGAGGCGCUGAUGGUGCUCACCCUGCUGCCCGACCACGGCGCGCCGCUGCCCGACCACGUGGUCGAGGUGGAGCGCUUGGUGCACCACGCCAACGACGUGUUCCUCGAAGACCAGCGUCGCCAGCAGGGCGAUGCGACCCUAUGCUGCGCGCGCACGCCGAAGAAGACGCGGCCGGACGGCGCGCUGGAGUGCGGCGGCGCCUCCUACGUUUGCCGCCACUUCUACGAUUCGGCGCCCAGCGGCGGCUACGGUACGCUGACGUACUUGGUGCGCGCGGCGGCGCAGACGCUCAACUGUCUGCCGCACGACGGCGAGAUCGACUGCAACAUCUGCUGAACGGUGCGUCGGCUGAGUGGCGAAGGGCGACGUCUCGGCGAGUGGUGGGGCGUCACCCAGCGGCGCCGCGUGACGUCAGCGUCUGCUGGGUCGCGGGGUCCGCUGGGUGUUCUGAAUCGGCGGGGUGGCUGCUGGUGACUGCUGCGGGGUCUGCUGAGCUGCUGACGACAUGUGACAUCCGCCGGCCGACGGACACGGCGUCGGCUGAGAAGCUGAGGAGACGUCUGCGAUCACCCGUCGCGACGGCGCAUCCGCCACUGCAGCAUCUGCGCAUCCGCAACUGCAGCGUCUGCACAUCCGCAACUGCAGCGGCUGCGCAUCCGCAACUGCAGCGUCUGCGCAUCCGCAACUGCAGCGUCUGUGCGUCAGCAACUGAAGCGUCUGGGCGUCAGCAACUGAAGCGUCUGGGCGUCAGCAACUGAAGCGUCUGCGCGUCAGCAACUGCAGCGUCUGCGCGUCAACAACUGUAGCGUCUGCGCGGCCGCCUGCUGCGUCAGUCGAGCGGGGUUCGAUCCCCGGGAUCUGCACAAAAAUAUCCACCGUCUCCUUUCUACCGUGCCGCUCCCCGUGAACGCAAGCGGCGUCCAAUAGAGGGCGCGUGCCGCCCGUCGUGGGCAAACUGGUCAGUAACGUGGCAGGAAUGAGUUCUAGUGACCAUCCGUGACAUCUGGCGGUAAGGCGCGGAUACCUCAGUUUUUGUGGGGCCGCGUGGAGCGCCAUUGCGGCUCGACGCCUGCCCGCGGUGCAAGCUCGUCGACUUUGACAGCUGUUGUAGUGACGUCACGCUGGUGGCCGGUGGGCAGCGUAACGACUGAUUGGGUUGCUGUUUGCUUGGUGAAGACCCCGUGUGCCGCGCCGCAUUACCGAAGCGCAAUGGAUGGAGAGACGCCGCUGCUCCGUGCGAAGUGGUUCGCUUCUGUUUUACGUCAAUACUCACUGCAAUAGACGGCGCGCCGGUACGUAGAGACGGCGACAGGUGGCGUGCGCCGCUGUCCAGCGGUGGAUGCAAUGGAGGCGUGCCUUGGGUGUGGUUUUUGGAGUGACCUGGUCCGAGGUGGAGGGCUGAUGCAGGCCGCCUGUCGCUGGAUGACGGCGCGGGGUUUGCGGGUAUUGUCUGAUUUGUGGUGUUUGCUCCCGGCUGAUGCAUGUCUUAACCUUUGCUGGAGUGUUGCCGCCUAUGAGCUUAUCAUUUCGGAGUGGUGCCAUGUAGCAAGAGGAGUCGCAUCGUCUUUCUCUGUUAGGGCUCAUGUUUGGCUCGCAUUCGUGUACCCGGUUCUGAGCUUUUUAGCACGCGUGGAUUCGUUAAAGUUAAAAUCGUCGAUGCAUAUGACCGCACUAUGAUAUUCCGGUUCCGGAAUGGCGGCCUAAAGGGUCGCCCCAUCGAGCUUCUCCUCAGGCGCAGGUCACGCUGUAGACAUGGAAAUUCUCGUCGUCUGCCGUCUCUGUCGUCACGUGCCCAGCCGUGCAGCGCAGAACAAUAAACAUAUGAGUAACA